AUGGAGAACGAGAAGCACGCCCAGUCGGGCAUCGACCAUGUCGAGGUCUCCCACACCAUGGCCGAAGAUGCGCGGUUGGCCACCGAGGCGGAGCAUCAGAUGACGGCGUUACAGGCUGUCAAGAAGUACUACAAGGCGAUUCUGUGGAGCAUGGUGGUUUCGUUGACCGUGAUCAUGGACGGAUACGAUGGUGCCUUGUUGGGUUCGCUGUCUGCCUUUCCAUCCUUCCGCAGUCAGUUCGGCACCUAUAUCAACGCAAAGUCGGGAUAUCAGCUAGAUGCUCACUGGCAGCUCGCGCUGGGUUGCUCCAGUCCGCUCGGAAACAUUGUCGGUAUCUACCUGGGCGCCUACACGGUUGAUCGACUCGGUUAUAAGAAAUCGGUCUUGGUGUGGCUGACCUGGUUGUCGGGCUGUAUCUUCAUCUCCUUCUUUGCCACCAAGAUCUCCAUCAUCUUCGCCGGUGAGGUGCUCUGCGGUAUCUCGUGGGGAGUCUUCGCCUGUCUGGCGCCUCCGUAUGCCGCCGAGCUCUGUCCCGUGGUACUGCGUGGUCUGGUCGAGAUUUGGGUCGUCAUGUGCUGGGGCAUCGGCCAGCUUCUGUCCUACUCCGUGCUUCUGACGCUGAACCACCGCACCGAUCAGUGGGGCUGGCGCAUCCCCUUUGCCGUGCAAUGGGUCUGGCCGGCCAUCAUCGUGCCGCUCAUCCUCUUCGCCCCCGAAUCCCCCUGGUGGUUGGUCCGUCACGGCAAGCCCGAAGAGGCCGAAAAGGUCGUCCGUCAACUCAUCAGCGGUCAGGCCGACGAGGACGAAGUCCGUCGCACCGUGGCCCUCAUGCAAGAGACCAACCGUCUCGAAAUGAACAUGCACGAGGGCGUCGGCUACCUCGACUGCUUCCGCGGCAACAACCUGUGGCGUACGGAGAUCGCCUGUGUGGCCUGGGCCUCGCAGCUUUGGUGCGGAUUCGUCAUCUCCUCCUACUCGACCUACUUCUUCGAACUGGCCGGUCUCGCAUCCCAAGACGCCUACAAGAUGAGCGUCGGCCUCGGCGGGCUCCACCUCCUCUUCAACUUCAUCUCCAUCUCCACCGUCGCCAACGUCGGUCGUCGUCGUCUUUACCUCUUCGGUCUCCCCUUCAUGAGUCUCAUGAUGUUCCUCCUGGGCUUCCUCGCUCUGGCCCCCGAAACGCCCGCCGUCGGCUACGCCUCCUCCGCCAUCUUCCUCAUCUGGAACUGCGGCUACCAGCUCUCCGUCGGUCCAGCCGCCUACAUCAUCGUCAGCGAAGUCUCCUCGACUCGCCUGCGCGCCAAGACGGUCUCGCUCGCGCGAAACGCCUACAACCUCUCCCUGCUGAUCAACUACUUUGUUGGUCCGUACAUCCUCAACCCCAGCAACGGUAACUGGAAGGGUAAGACGGGCUUCCUGACCGGUGGCAUUAUCGUCAUUCUGUGGAUCUGGGCGUUCCUGCGUCUGCCGGAGACCAAGGGCCGAACCUUUGAAGAGUUGGACAUCCUGUUCUCCAAGAAGGAUCUCAAGACUCGCGAUUUCAAGAAAUACAAGAUGGAGGAGCACGAUUUACACGAUGCCAAAGUUGGUGGACUUUCUUAG